CUAAACCCACAACAGUAAAAUCAGUCUGUAUAUGCAAUAACGCAUGCUGGUUAUACUCACUGUGGAGCCUAAAGGGUUAGUCCUCUCCAUUGUGUAGAAAGGAAAUUUGAUCCUGUUUUCUCUGCCCCUCUUCUUGCUCAGAUGUCCACCUGAUAAGACAGACUGAACCUAUAGACACAUGCACAUGCUCAGUUUUGUGUGUAUUGCUAGAGAGGUUUUUUUUUUUGGGGAGGAUGCAUGUGAUCAGCACAGGGCCAAUCAGCACUGUCCAGACAGAAGGUCAGGGGUUUUGCUUCCUCCUAGAGCAGAGAGAAAACUCCUCCUACAAGCUUUACCAACUGCUAUAUACUGCUGAUGAGAAAAGGUAAUUAGCAGUUUAUAUUUACUAAAAUAAUUGCAUUUCCAUGUUCUGUGUACUGUGGGAGACCAGAUAGAGUGAAU